AUGAAUACUAUCCUGUGUUCAAUUUUGUUGUUAUCGGUAACGACACUGAUUCUUAUUGAUGCCGAUUGUGUUGGUUAUCCUAAUGUAAGCAACGCAGAUUUUCAUAGGAACGAACAAUGUUCCGAUAUAGUAGAGAUGACUUGCAGCGACGGAUAUAAAAUGGAAGCGGCGAUAAAAUUGAUAAGUGAAAUGUGGAAAUACCAAAAACCAGUUUGUAAAUUAGGUCAAUGUAUGUCAGACCCGGAAAUAGAAAAUGGCGCCUUAGACACUGAUAUAGCAUCAAGAGAUAUUGGAAUUGAAUAUAGUUAUACUUGUAACCCUGGAUUUGGUAAAUAUGGAAAUGAAGGUCAUGUGAUAUGUACUGAAGCUGGUGAAUGGGAGGCAAAUAUAACUUGUGAAGACCCGGAAAUAGAAAAUGGCGCCUUAGACACUGAUAUAUCAUCAAGAGAUAUUGGAAUUGAAUAUAGUUAUACUUGUAACCCUGGAUUUGGUAAAUAUGGAAAUGAUGGUCUUGUGAUAUGUACUGAAGCUCGUGAAUGGGAGGCAAAUAUAACCUGUGAAGAUUGUUUCAAAUAUACCUGGAAGAAAUACGUAAAGAAAAAACCCUAUAGAACUCGAUAUGGACGUAAUCAAAUUUCAUGCCGGCGAGCCUGUAAUAAUGAUGAUCGAUGUACAACCUGGUUUGCAUCUUUUGUAAGUUGUGAACUUCAUGGAAAACCAACUAUUGCAAUCUCACGUGAAAGCCUUAGAAACUGUAAAAAAAAAUGUGCCAAGCUGGCUGACUGUGAAUUAAUGAGUUGGAAUUUUAUUUGUACCCUGUUUAACGUAACAAUGGAUAAUUUACCUAGAAAACAUAAGGUUUUGUCCAGAAACGGUGCUUUUAUUGGUGAAAAUUUAUGUAAAUAG